UCUGGCUAGGCCCCCCCCAGGAUGCAAUGGCACAGCCCCCCCGGCUGAGCCGCUCUGGUGCCCCCCCACUUUGGGACCCAGCCUCCCCUGCGCCCACUUCAGGCCCCAGGCCUCGACUUUGGGAGGGUCAAGAUGUUCUGGCCAGAUGGACGGAUGGGCUGCUAUACUUGGGGACCAUCAAGAAGGUGGACAGUGCUCGGGAGGUGUGUCUGGUCCAGUUUGAGGACGAUUCCCAGUUUCUGGUUCUAUGGAAAGACAUUAGCCCCGCUGCCCUCCCUGGGGAGGAACUCCUCUGCUGUGUCUGUCGCUCUGAGACUGUGGUCCCUGGGAACCGGCUGGUCAGCUGUGAGAAGUGUCGCCACGCUUAUCACCAGGACUGCCACGUUCCCAGAGCUCCAGCUCCUGGAGAGGGAGAGGGCCCAUCCUGGGUCUGCCGCCAGUGUGUCUUCGCCAUUGCCACCAAGAGGGGGGGUGCACUGAAGAAGGGCCCUUAUGCCCGGGCCAUGCUGGGCAUGAAGCUGUCACUGCCAUAUGGACUGAAGGGGCUCGACUGGGACGCUGGACACCUGAGCAACCGGCAGCAGGCUAAUGGUUACGGGGGGGGUCCGGGGGAGUGGAACCUGAAAAUGCUGCAGUGCCGGAGCUGCCUGCAGUGGUUCCAUGAAGCCUGCACCCAGUGUCUGAGCAAGCCCCUCCUCUAUGGGGACAGGUUCUAUGAGUUUGAAUGCUGUGUGUGUCGGGGAGGCCCUGAGAAGGUCAGGAGGCUACAGCUUCGCUGGGUGGAUGUGGCCCAUCUUGUCCUCUAUCACCUCAGUGUUUGCUGUAAGAAAAAAUACUUUGAUUUUGACCGUGAGAUCCUCCCGUUCACCUCUGAGAAUUGGGACAGUUUGCUCCUCGGGGAGCUCUCAGAUACCCCCAAGGGAGAACGUUCUUCCAAACUCCUCUCUGCUCUCAACAGCCACAAGGACCGUUUCAUUUCAGGGAGGGAGAUUAAGAAGAGGAAAUGUUUGUUUGGUCUUCAUGCUCGGAUCCCUCCCCCUGUAGAGCCCCUUACUGGAGAUGGAGCCCCCACCAGCUUCCCUUCAGGGCAGGGCCCUGGGGGAGGGGUCUCACGUCCCCUGGGGAAGCGCCGGAGGCCGGAGCCAGAGCCCCUGAGGAGGAGGCAGAAGGGGAAAAUGGAGGAGCUGGGGCCACCCUCAGCAGUGCGCAAUCAGCCCGAGCCCCAGGAGCAAAGGGAGCGGGCUCGUCUGCAGAGGGCACUGCAGGCCUCAGUGUCUCCACCAACCCCCAGCCCUAACCAGAGUUACCAGGGCAGCAGCGGCUACAACUUCCGGCCCACAGACGCCCGCUGCCUGCCCAGCAGUCCCAUCCGGAUGUUCGCUUCCUUCCACCCCUCUGCCAGCACCGCAGGGACCUCUGGGGAUGGUGAACCCCCAGACAGGUCACCCCUGGAACUUCACAUUGGUUUCCCCACAGACAUCCCUAAAAGUGCCCCCCACUCGAUGACUGCCUCAUCUUCCUCAGUCCCAGCCCCCUCCCCAGGUCUUCCUAGACGCUCAGCACCCGCUUCUCCCCUGUGCCGUAGUUUGUCUCCUGGGACUGGGGGAGGAGUCCGAGGUGGGGUUGGCUACCUGUCCCGAGGGGACCCUGUCCGGGUCCUUGCUCGGAGAGUACGGCCUGAUGGUUCUGUGCAGUACCUGGUUGAGUGGGGAGGUGGGGGCAUCUUCUGAACAGCCUGCCUCUGCCCACCUCCCCAUUCACACACACCGGCACUUUCAUACCCUGACCUCUGACCUCACCUACAGCUGGGAUGUACCUGGGGAGGUAGGGGGUAGUUCUCUCUACUGCCCAGGCUGGAAUCCAGGUGGGGGGAUUGGGGGAGAGGCUGUCUCUUCUCUGCUCCCUUCGUGAUUCCUGACCCUUCCCCCAUCCCUCUUCCCAUUUCCUUUGAUGUUAUUUUGUUACAGCUUUUUAAAUAUUUUUUAAAAUUAUUUAACCCCUGGGGACUGAGACUGAGGGCAGGGGGGUGGGGGAUGAUAAAGGAUCCCAGACUCUGUAUGAUUGAAAUAAAGGUAAAUAAACAAAUCUAGCAGCCCUGGGUCAUUCUGGAAGAUGAG